GACGCACACUAACGGUAGUCGAGGGCAGUCGUGAGGCUGCCCGUCGUGCGUGGUGUUGCUUAAUAGCUGGCCGUGUGCUAAAGAGCUUUACCACUGCUCGUGUUGCUGGCCCGCUGGCAGCCGGCGCGAAGGCGCGUUACCCCCAGUCAGUGGAGCGAGAGAGCCGCGGCAGUGCGCGAGCGGGAGUUCACGGCGACGGAUCGGUCUGCUCUUCUGCAACGGCAGACCAGAGCACACCAUAAAGGGAGAGAGAAAUAGGAGAAAGAAUAGGUGGACGAAUCUUUGUGAAGAGGCUCUUAAUUAAAAGAACUGGAUUACCUAUCAAGGUCUUCAGGAAAAAGGAGUGCGACUCCAUCGAACGCAAACCUGAAACUCUGGAAUGAGCGAGUGAAGGGGAGUACGUUUGUGUACACCCAGGUAGGUCCUGCUAAGCGGCCGCUCAACUACUCUCCGUGUCCGGCCGCUACUUACUCGGUACCACCGUGCACGAGCGGAGCACGAUUGCUCGACGCGCCGGUGCACCACCAGCUGCAGCUGCCACCGCUACUACCGCCUCUACGUCGCUGCUACUACCUCCGGUGCUGCUACUGCCGCUGUUGCUGCCGCCACCACCGCCGCCGCCGCCGCCACCGCCGCUGCUGCCGCUGGCAAGGCCUCGCGGAGGUGUCCACCUCGUGGCAGCCGACACUUCCUACCGGACGGUGGUAGUGUCCAGGCGCGCCGGACGACGCACGAGCUGCAGUAGUCGGUCGUGGACGUUUUUGGACAGGAAGGGCGGUGGAAGAGUCGCGUCGAUGGCGCUUGGUGGUCGUUCGUUGCGCGAGCGAGGGUGGUCGUCGAGUUCCGCGUAGAGAAAGCUAAGGGAGAGAAAGACGGGACGGAAGAGGGAGGGCGCGGAAAGGGACAGAGACGGUCGGGCCCUUCUCUCCUACUGCUGCACUCGACGCGUGUCACCGCUAAUACACAUCGCGCGCUUUCGUUUAGAGGGUUUCUUCCCUCCGACGCGCCGCGGAUAUAACACGCGGAUUCCUUCGAGGCCUUCACCCUCGGUGGCGCGUCACGCGUCACGGCACUACGUGACACUCCGGAGUGUGCGUGUCACGUGAAAGGAGCAACGCGCUGUCAGGGUCGUUGUCCUGACAGCGAAUCCGAGAACGAAGCGCGAAACGGACUAUCUUGCUGUAUCGCGUCCUCGCUGUUACCUCGCAGAGAGCGUUACCUGCAGGAAUAAUCCCGCGACAUCAUCGCCGACGGGGGGUACAGUGAUCGGUCGCGGACGCAACUUACAGGACCAGGCAGGCCAGAGACGAAGACAGACGGGGAGAACGGGCGGAAAAGGGAGCAACCGCUCGAACGGGACCGAAAGAGAAUCAGUGGCUGAUUGGGUCGAUCGGUUCGGUUGGUUGAUCGGCUGGUGCUGCGUGUGCCGGUGGCUAGUGGUGGCUCGGCCCAGGUCGCUGUAAUGCCUCGCAGCAGCGAUCGUGUCGCCAGGUCGCACGGUGUCGCAGGCAGGGUGAGGGACUGGGCUGCCGCAGGUAGUACUGCCGCGGGUGUAGUCGCGGGUACCGCGAGCAGGAUACGUUGACGAGCGCAGCCGACCCCGGUGGCACGUUGCUGGCCACCGUCGUCGUCGCUGCUCCCGCAGGCCAUGUAUCGAGGCGAGCCGGUGAUCGACCGUGCCGGCGGCGGCGACCCGCGCCGGGCGAGAUCGCCGCGUCGACGUCGCGCGUCGGCGGCCGCCGACCUGCCCGAGGACGCCGACGGCGAGGAAGAGCCCUACGGAGAAGAGGAGGAGGAAGAUGGGGAGGAGGCCUACGUCGUCCUCGAUGUGCAACCCCGGCGAACGCUCGACUCCGCGACGAGGGUGCUAUGCUGCAACGAUGACUUCUGCCGCUGCCGCGCCGCCCAGAAGAGGCCGGGCAGGAGACGACGCGGCUCGGGGAAUGCGCUUAGGAUAUUCUUCGUCGCUGCCGCUGCUGCCUUUCUCACGCUUGCCGUCUCGCCAGUGUCUGGAACGACGAAUAAGAAAGACGAAGAGACGGCGGUAUCUUCAGCCACAGAAGAGACUACCGUGGUCCUGGGUAUGAGGACCAGGACGGGAAACGAUCCUGGAGAAGGUAUAGAUCUAUUGGCAGCUCUGCAGCUGCACAAUACUACUCGGCCGGGCGUUACACAGGUGCCGGGCCUGGUUAGGUUGAAACCAGCUUAUUAUCUUCAGGGUGAGGAGAGGGAGCUCCGACUGAACGAGGCGAGCUUCGAACGGGCGGCCGCGUUACUCCGGCGGGUUCCGGAAUUCACUAUAGCCGCCGCGCUACGCCAGGAGGAGGCCAAUUCCGGGACGAUCGUCGCCUUUUCGCACGGGAACAAUAGGUACUUGGAGCUGCAGAGCAGCGGCCGCAAGGACGAGCUUCGACUUCAUUACGUAUCACGCCGCGACGGAACCGUACACGUCGAGGCGUUUCCUUUUCGACUGGCCGACGGUGCCUGGCACAGGGUCGCCCUGAGCAUAAGUGGCUCGCAGGUCGAGCUGCUGGUCGACUGUCACCCCUUGUACAGGCGACUGCUGAGGCCCGGUCCACCCGACACCAAUUUCACCCUGCCGCAGCUCCAGCUCUGGGUCGGACAGAGGAAUGUCAGGCACUUCCUCUUCAAGGGUGCUUUGCAGGACGUCAAGCUAAUAGCGGGACCUCACGGGUACCUUUCCCAGUGUCCUCAACUCGACUCAUCCUGCCCCACAUGCGGUCAAUUUUCGAUAUUACAGAAUACCGUGGAACAGCUGAUGCACAAUCUCAACGAGUUGACGCGUAGGCUAGCCGCUGCAGAGGGCAGGAUAAGCAAAGUGGAGGAAUGCGAGUGCCAAAAGUCUUGCAGAGCGAACGGUACCGUUCACGAGGACGGCGCGAUAUGGGAGAAAGGCUGCCAGCAAUGUUCCUGCAUCCACGGUGAAGUUGAAUGCAGGCCGACUCCCUGCAGUCCGGUUACCUGCAAGAACCCUGUCAUUCGUAAGGGAGAGUGUUGUCCGUCUUGUCUCAAGCAAUGUUACUUGCGCGGCGUAAUUUACGAUCACGGCGAGAAGGUCUCGCCGAAACAGUGCGUCGAGUGCGACUGCUACGAUGGUAGCUUCACCUGCAACAGAUUCGACACCGACACCAGAUGCCCGCCGCUACCGUGUCCACCCGAAAAGCAAAUCAGCGUGGCGGAAGAAUGCUGCAAGUUUUGUCCAGGGGUGGACUACUGCGCGAAAGGCCACAAGUGUCACGCUAAUGCAUCCUGCCUGAAUCUCCAGACGACGUAUGCCUGCCAUUGCCAUAUCGGUUUCCAAGGGGAUGGUCUUAACUGUCACGACGUGGACGAGUGCAAACAACAAGGUGGAUCGGACGGUCACCAUUGCAACGCGAACACGAGGUGCGUCAACGCGAUCGGCUCUUACACAUGCGAGUGUCUUCCCGGUUACUAUAGGAUCGACAAGUUCAACUGCGCCGAAAUGGACGAGUGCGCGAAUAAUAGUCAUAAGUGCGACAAGCAUGCCACGUGCGUGAACACUGCCGGCAGCUACUACUGCAUCUGCAACGACGGCUACGUAGGCGAUGGCUACACAUGCAAACCCGUGUGCAAUCAGACCUGCCAGAACGGCGGCGAGUGCGUAGCACCCGAGAGGUGCUCCUGCCGGCGCGGUUACAUCGGCAACAGCUGUGAGCUCGACCUGGACGAGUGCGCGAGCGAUCUGCACCGAUGUCAUCAGUCGUCCACGUGUUUCAACAUGCCCGGCUGGUAUUACUGCCGUUGCAAACCCGGUUACAGAAGCGCCCUGCACGACAGCACUCAGGGCACCCAGUGCGUCGACAUCGACGAGUGCAACGAUCUGACGCUCGAGAGGAAACACACGUGUCACCCGACCGCGAAAUGCGUCAACACCGAGGGCGGCUAUGAGUGCGUGUGCCCGAAAGACUCCGACGAGUCUGGGGUGGAGUGCAAGCUCAGCUGCUGGUUCGAAGAUCGUGAAGUGAACAAUGGCGACGUUCUGGCGCCGGCCGGCAAUCCUUGCAGAAGAUGCACCUGCCAGGACGGCGUGAUCACUUGUAAGGACCCUGUAUGCGACUGCAGUGCACCGGGAAGCCACAGGGACAAGUGCUGUCCGCAGUGCGACCCAGCGGCAUCCUGCAGACACCAGGAGCUCCAUCACCUAGUCUUCAGAAGCGGCGAACGUUGGAUAUACCAGUGUCAGACCUGCGAGUGCCUGUACGGCGAAAUAGACUGCUGGCAGAUGGAGUGUCCACCGGUGACCUGCUCGAACCCUGUAACCGAGGAGGGUGAUUGUUGCCCGCGCUGCGAGGACGAUCCCUGCGCACGAGAGGUGCUGGCGAACGGCACCUUGCUCACGGUUCCUAGUCGUCCCCAGCCGUGCAGCUACGCCGGCAUCAUCCACGACAGCGGCAGCUCCUGGCAGGACCCCUACGACAAGUGCACCACGUGCGAGUGCAAGGUGCCGUACUGCGCCCAAUUGGUGAGCAAUAGCGCGUGUUGUGUGCAUCGGACGGGCAGCUUUGCUGCAGCUACGAUUACGGCUGCGCUGGCGAUCUGGGCGACGACAAGCAGCAACGUCCUCCAGUCGCUGUUCCUGAGCCUCUCAUACGCCAUCCAUCGGACCUUGUGGUCCAGUCGCUGGUCGACGGUACACCGGAAGCAGCUCUACCAGCGAUCACCGGCACACCCGGCACCGCACGCACCAUCACCACCGCCGUCACCGCCUCCGUCGCGAGCACCACUUCCCUCGUCUCGUCGCCCUCGCACUACUCGUCAUCCUACAGCAUCAGCAACGACAACUCCUACAAUCUCAGGCAAGCUCACGCAGCAGGCUCGCCCGCCUCGACCACGCGAGCUCAGCAGAGAAACGAUUACCAUGCCGUCAGGUCGCAGCAACAGCAGCAGCAGCAGCAACAAGCGUCACUUCAGCAAUUCGUUGGAGGCUCGACGACGUUGUCGACGGCGUCAGAGCGGUUCGCGGCGUCGUCGGCGACGACGGCGCGAACACCGUCCGAUAGGUCGACGUCGUCGCGACGCAGCCAGCUGGCGAACACCGUCGACCGUCACGACGGCACCGCCACCGCUUCUUCCUUUUCCUUUUCAUCGUCGUCGUCGUCGUCGUCGUCAUUGUCAUCGCCGACUCUCGCGAUGGUCCUGUCCAGCUCAACGGUCAAGGAGUCCAGUCAUCCGGCCACGAGCGUCAUCACGCAGAUCCGCCAGCUGGUCGGCCACCGUCGCAAGGACGGCAGGAAGUCCAUCGUCCUCGACAGUGCCACUUGAGGACCGUGGAUCUAAAGGGAGAUAGAAAAGGAAGAACCCGACACACUCGGCAAGGCAUUCCAGGGGGGGAAAGACCCACGGGGUCACCCAUAGUCGCCCGACGCGCGUCGUACGUCUGUCAUGUCGUCGGGGAAGCGGGAUCGUGGACGAUGGAAGCGAGAUCGAUCAGUUGACGGGGGAGAAAGAAGGGAUCAUCGGAUCAGGACGCUCGCGGAGGGUUGACGUUGCCGCGCUGCCACGCUGAAGGAGAUCCGUUCCUGUUUCUGGAGCCUGUUUCCGGAGUCCGUGUCCAGUAAUCUCGAGAGCAGUGGUCGCCUCCGGAGUUAGAUCGACGAUCGCGUCGCUGACCUCGAACUCGCCGAAGCUGUCGAACUCAUGUUGGCCUUCGCGAGCGAGGUCACGUCGUUCGCUCUUAAGAUCCGGACUCAGCCGGGUUUGUGGCUGAGCUCAAGGAGCACGUGAGCGUACAGGACGUUCACUUUUCUUGAAUCUUGAAUCGCUCGCUCGGGUUGCGGUGACCCUCUUCGCCUUGGUCAUCAUCAUCAUCAUCAUUAUCAUCAUCAUCAUCAACAUCAUCAUCAAGUGAGCGGCGCGUCGAGACGCGGCGCCGAUGGGGCUUCGAGAGAUAAUCGGUGCGGGAAAUUAAAUUGCGUGGUAUCAGCGUGAACGACUUGCUGUUAACUGUUAGCUGAAGAUCCAAUAAUCACAUUUGGUCACAUUGAAAUGUUUUUUGUUUUACCGUAAAAAUCAAAAGCGUAGAUUAAUCUAUGAUAAAAGUGACAGUGUUCGUAAUUUGCGUCGAUGUGGUAGAGUUUACCUUUCGUGAGUAAAUUCAAGAUGAAAUUUAAAAACGAACAACUUACGAAUUGUUCGUUUUCCUUAAUUACCGUUUCGUGUACAUCCCGAACUUUGCAAUUUAUAUUUUUAAGUCGAAGUCCACGUCAAGCGUAAAAAGAUAUAUAAAUGAGACGUUACAUAAUUUUACAUAAUCAUGUAAAAUUUCACAAUUAGCACAAUUGUAACAAACCGCAAUGAGUAAUGUACGAGUAUGACGGUGGUAGAUCAUUAUAUCGUCACAGGCGUAAUAGAUAUUAAAGUAGAUGAAAGUUGUGAAAUGUUUCCGUAAUCCAUAAAUUGAUGGAUUCGGAACAAGUUUGAAGCAAAUUUGACGACGUUGUCCUCCAGCACUGAUUGUCGAACGAAACCGUCUCGUUCUCGUGGCCCCCGGGGAUCCGAGCAUGAUCGAGCGAACCGAGGGCGCAGAUUCGCUUUCGCAAAAAUAAAAAAAUACUUCUCUCGCGUAUUUGAUUGAACAAGUAGCGCACAAUAUUUGGGCCUUAUAAAGUAAAUUGUUGAUGUUCCGCUAAAAACCACAUAGACACUUGUAUGUAUGUAUGUAUGUAAGCGGCGGCGAAGCAGGGGCGAUAUGUACGUUUGUCGUAAGGAAUUGACUCCCGGACGAGGGGAGGAGAGACAACACAGAGUGACGUAUAAAAAAAGGUAAAACGUAUGUAUUAUAUUCUAUCGUGUAUUAUAUAUGAGUGACCCCGCGAAACCGAUAUAUCUCUUUCCAACCGAACGCACCCUCGACUGUCAGUCGUCGAUGGAUGACGUAACGCGCACGGGUGACUCCACCACGAAGAUGAAAAACGUUCACCGCGGAGGAUCAUAUCUCGCGACGUAUCGGCGAUAUGAGGCUCCGCGGAGCGUACGGAAUCAUCGUAGCGCGUGUGUCCGGCGAUAAAGGUAGCUACGCUUGAGGGAGGAUACUUUUAAGGACAAUAGAAUAGACGCGACGCCUUCAAUUCUGGGGAGGGUACCUGAUCUAUCUUCUGAGGGUCGAAGGAUUCGGUUUGACUCAUGUCAUCCCCCGUCAUCCCGCGGGAAACGAAACCUAUGCUCGAUUCACAGCGCUCGAACAUGUCGAAGUGUGUCAUUGAGGGACAUCUCCUGACUCGCACAGAAUGAUGAUCAUUUUUUUUAACUGGCUGAAAUCAUCACCUGUGCCAAUCGCUCACCAUUCGGGCUCUGGGCGAAGUACAAUAAGGCGCAAUAAAUUAAACAUGUUCGGUUCUUAUCACGAUUGUACAACCUAAUUAUUUCCGUCGAAUCUGAUUAAAUGGGCUUAAGUAAGAGGGUGUUUUCGCGAGUAUGUCGCACGUUAUAGUUCAGAGGUCACUGAGGAGGAUCCAGCCCUUCGUGAAUCUUCCUCGCACAGAGGUAAAGAUUGAACAUGUCCGCCGUUUUUUGACAAUUUUUCGCAGCGGAAGCUGGAAGAAUCUUUGCACAUAAGUCUCGUGAUGAAGUACGCAGAGCUGACGGAAUUUCAAGCUUUUGCCUAUGAUGGGUAAUUUAAUCCUCUCGGUGUUAGGUCCCAAAAAAGAUUAUCGGCCCUUCAGCAUUUCGGUCGUUCUCAAGGUGUGCAUACGCAAGGAAAUUCGGUUCUUACAAAUGUAAGACAGAUGAUUUUCGUAGCGUUCGUAAUCGCAUUCAUGAAACGGGCAUUUGUUUAUUUUUUUAUUUUUCAAAAUGUACAGUCAUAGGCACAGAGGUUGCGACACUUUUUUUUUACCCGAGUUUAUGAACACGCAAUCAAACUCAGGAUGCGAAUCACUGUGACGCGCACAUGUAACUGUGUUACACAUGUAUACGCAAAUUUGACAACUUCAUGAUCGUUCAUCGAGUAGGCGCGCGUCACAGUGAUUCGCAUCCUGAAUUUGAUUGCGUGUUCAUAAACUCAGUUAAAAAAAAAGUGUCGCAACCUCUGUGCCUAUGACUGUACGGGCAGAGAUACGGAAGAAUAUAACGAGUCAAGCGAUAACGAUAAUCACAUGGAAGUACCGAUUCUCAGAGGUAUCAUUUCCGCCUUCUGUUCUCUCUCUCAGUAAUUUUCUAGCCGUUGAUCAAUAUGCUACCGACCGCCGUGUUAUUUCACGCAUUCACACAGAGCGAUCUUACGGAGCGAUCAAAAUUUGUCGAGAUCCUACCGCGGACAUUCGCGAUCCGCAUGAAACACGAAAGCGCUCGUCGAGUUUGUGGUCCACCCUCACCUGAUUGACGUGACACUCGAGGUCGUCACGAUUCAAGCGUAGCACCGAAAUAAUUGACCGGACCGAAGGCUCACAGCUCGCCUUCCGGCAAUUAGCCUAAGCGAUGUUAAUUGUACCCGAGAUAAUCGGGGACGCGCGAGGACACACUUAGCCCACCUAAUCUUAGGGAGUACGUUCUAGCCGUAACCGUGAUGAAGAAGGGCCUAGCUAAUCGUAAUCGUUAAACUCCGAGCGACGAGCGGGGAGGAAUUGCGAAGCUUUUCGUCCUGACGCGAUUAUAGGGCCUCCCCUUAAUAUAUAGUUGUCAGUCGGACACACCCCGGAUGACGCAAACGUGCCCGGCUAGCUCGAACGUUUCUUUAUCUCGCUCAACCCAACACGACCACUACGAUUACAUUCCUCCUUGAUUAACAAUAAGUAGGCACUAAUGAGAGAAAAUAUAAAUAUAUAAAUAAAGAAAUGAGAAUAUGUGCAUACGGGAUGCUCCGCUACUUGCACCUGUCUCUUUCGUGGAUUCUUUGCACGUGCAGCUUUUGUAUACUUUAAUUCUGAAUAUCUCAACGAUGAAAUUUUCCAUCAGAAUUCUAUUUAAAUAGAAUCUUUAAAUAGAAUAGAAUCUGUACACACAUGUAUAAGUAAUAGCAAAACGUAAAUAUGUUCACCACAAAUUGUAAUCUAGAAGCUGUAUUGAAUGAUUUGACAUUUAAAGAAAAAUUCGUUUAUUUCAUCAAAGAUCCGCUGAAAGGAAGUAAAAUAGCGGGGUAUAUCCUUUUCUCUCUUCCCCUCCUUCUCUCUCUCUUUCUGCACACACACGUACACAUAUAUUCAUAUAAUAAUUAUACACACAAAUAUUUGGAAUGUAUAAUAAUGCGAAAUACAUAGUUAACGUGGGUGUAUACAUGUACAUACCUACGCAUGUAUACACGAAGACACACAGAAGAAUGCAUGAUGAAGAGAGGGAUAACAGGGGGGAAGGAAGUUUAGCUUGUAAUUAAGUAGGACGUAACGCAAAUCUCCGGACCGCUAUUAGCAUUCAUGAAAAAGAAAAAGAGAGCUUCGAGGUAUCCAAGGACUCAGCGGUAAUUGUUCGUUCAAUGUGCAAUAAUUUAAUAAUAACACCACGCUUAAUUUAUAAUGGACUAAUUGGAAUCGAAGCGACGCUACCGCGUCUCGUCGUGACCGGAUGGAUAAUUACGCAAAGGAAAA